GCGGCGAGUCCACGGAGGGAGAGCGCGAGCGCAUCAGAGCCCCGUCCGUCCACACAUCGAGCUGAGCCGCCGGCAAUGGUCCCUGCGUGGCUCGCGUGUUUCCUCGUCUUCACUUCCAGCGUGACAGCUGAAGACUCGAGUAAGAGACGGUAUCAGAUCCAGAACGGGCCGUGCAGCUACACCUUCCUUUUACCGGAGGUGGACAACUGCUACCCUGCCACCGACGCGCAAAGUGAGGAGCCCGAGGACUACGAGGAUUCGGUGCACAAGCUGGAGCAGCUGGAGGUCAUCAUGAACAACAACACGCAGUGGCUGCUGAAGCUGGAGGCCUACAUCCAGGAGCGGCUGAAGGAGGACAUGGCGAGGGUCCAGCAGCAGGUGGCAUCCAACCACACGCCCACCAUGAGUGACGUCGGUGCCAGCCUCCUGAGUCACACCGCAGAGCAGACUCGCAAAUUAAGGGACAUGGAGAAUCAGGUCAUCAAUCAGACGGCGAGGCUUCAGCUUCAGCUGCUGGAGAACACGGCGUCCACCGCCAAACUCGAAGGACAAGUGCGGGCACAGACUGGCGAGAUCUCAAAGCUCCACGAAAAGAACAGUUUUCUAGAGAAGAGAAUCACCGAGAUGGAGGCGACCCGCCUGGCAGAGCUGAAAAUCCUGAGGGGCGAGAAGGAGCAGCUGCAGGAGCUGGUGGUGCGGCAGACCACCAUCAUCGGCGACCUCGAGAAGCAGCUGCUGACGGCGACCUUCAACAAGUCGGCGCUACAGCAACAGCAGCACGACAUGAUCCAGACGGUCAACAGCCUCAUCCAGAUGAUAUCGGACCAGAACGCACGGAUGCCCGCAGGCCCUGACAUGGCAAAUGCUUACAAGGACUGCGCCGAGAUCCAGAAACUGGGCAAGAGCAGCGGCGUCUACUCGUUGAGCCUUCCCAACAGCACGGAGGAAGUGCAGGCGUACUGUGACAUGGACACGGACGGCGGCGGGUGGACUGUCAUCCAACGUCGCCAGGACGGGAAGGUGGACUUUCAACGGACGUGGAAGGAGUACAAGAAGGGCUUUGGUGACCCGGCCGGAGAGCACUGGCUAGGAAACGAGUUUGUGGCUCAGCUGACGAACCUGCAGCCCUACGCCCUGAGGGUCCAGCUGAGGGACUGGGAGGGCAACGAGGCCUUCUCGCUCUACCAAAACUUCUACCUGGACGGCGAAGCCCAGAACUACAGGAUUCACUUCAAAGGCUACAGCGGGACGGCGGGCAAAAUCAGCAGCCUGAGCCAACCGGGAAGCGACUUCAGCACGAAGGAUGUGGACAAUGACAAGUGCAUCUGCAAGUGUGCCCAGCUGACCACAGGCGGCUGGUGGUUUGAUGCUUGCGGCCCGUCCAACCUCAAUGGCUUGUACUACCGAGCCGGGCAGAACACCAACCGCUUCAAUGGCAUCAAGUGGUACUACUGGAAGGGCUCGGGCUACUCCCUGCAGUCCAGCACCAUGAUGAUCAGGCCGGCCAGCGGGCGAUAGCCCCCCAUCAGGGUCUCCGAGACCUGUAGAAGACCCCGGACGGCCGAAAGACGAUUGGCAGGUCGGUCCAAAUCCGGGCCGACCGCCCCCGUUGGGUUACACGUCUUCUGGUCAACGUUGACACAAAACUGGACUGUGGACACACAAGAAGGACCACCAUACUUAAGGGACCCGCCCCCGAGUGGGAAGAAGAAAUGGAGGGCUG